ACAAAAGAACAACAUUACUGAAACUUGAUGGCUGCAAUAAAACCUUUAUACAUUGAACUUCAUGCUUUCAUACGUAACCAGUUACAAAAGAAAUACGGUGAUUCUAUUAUAAAACCCGAUGGACUAAUCCCUGAUCAUCUGUUUGAGCAAGUUCUAGCUCAAGCUUGGUCAAACAACAGCGUUAUUGAAGACGUUUUCCCCCUUAAAAAUCUCCCUCCCGUCGAAUCAGUUAUGAAGAAAAGAUUCAAGGCAAUAAAUUUGUAUGAAAUAGCUGAAAGAUUUUAUGAGCAUUUAGGAUUUGAGAAAUAUCCUUACAAAAUUAUAAAACCUCACGAUGACAAUGAUGAUGAAUGUGAGGCAAAAGUUUUUUACUCAACUCCCGAUAUUCGUUUGGAGUUUUGUGAGAAAAUGAAUUUUAUGGAUUUUCUUCAAGCCUAUGCUCAAAUGGGGAAUAUAUAUUAUGCCCAACAGAUGACUGGUUUACCAGCUUAUUUUUUCGAAACGAAAGGUUUAGAAGAUGCUAUUGGAAAUGCAGUGAUUUUAUCGACUUCGACACAUCAUAAUUUGAAGGCAAUUGGAAUGAUUUUGGAUUUUAAUUUUACAACAGAAGUUGAAAUUAAUCGAAUUUUAAGAAAGGCAAUCCAAAAAGUACUAAAUCUUCCUUUAGAUUUUGUUCAUAUAAAAGUGAUGGCUGAUUUAAUGUCGGAGAAAGUGAAGAUCAAAGAACUCAAUAAACAUUAUUGGGAACUUAUGGACAAAUAUGCUGGUAUUGGACCACCAAAUGAUGGCGGGUCAAAUACUUUGGAUUUGCCAUACAAUUUUUUCAUGGACAUGAAUGAAAAUGAGAUGUCAAGAAAAUUUAAUAUGGAAAUUGUGAGCUAUCAAAUCUACAAACGGUUAUGUGAACUUAGUGGAAAGUAUCCUAAAGAAGAUUUGCAUUUAUGCGAUAUGCAUGGGAGCAAGGAUGCUGGAGACGCUUUGAAGAAAAUGAUGAAGCUAGGCAGCUCUAAGCCAAUGAAUGAAGUUUUAGCAACAAUGUUUCCUGACAAUCCGAAAGUGAUGGCUGAUAGUCUUUUGGAGUAUUACAAUCCAUUAAAGGUUAUGAUUGGUGAGAUCAAUAAAGAAGCUAACGUGAAACUAGGAUUGAAAACAUCAGAAAUCAAUUAAAGCUCUAAACUAAAAUACUAUUUCUUUCAAUAAAGUUCAAAAAAUGA